AUGUCAACAAUCAGUUGCGUUGAAUCUGGUAUUAAUAAACAAUCGGCAACAAAAGUUAUACCGUUAGGACAAUUUAAAUUUAACAAGGAAAAUCGUAGUGAAAUUGAAAGUGUCAUCCCCGAUGAAUUUAUCAAUAUGAUGGAAAAGAAAUUAGUGUGCUUAAAGAAUUUGAAAUUAGAAUUAGACUUCCAGAUGUACUUAGAUAUGAAAAUGAUGUGGCAAGUUAUGGGAUUAUACGGUAUUGCAGGACAAAACAAGCAUAAAUGUUCCCAUUGCACAGCCGAGAAUAUGGCUGAAUUUGGAAAAUAUUCGGCGUUUGGCUCGACGAAGGGUGCACUAACAUUGGAUCAGUAA